AUUAUGUUGAUGUUGCCAUGGAAAUAUGCAUCAUAACAAAACAAAGAUAGAAAGCAAAAGUUGUACAAGAUGGAUAUUUCUGGUGAUGAUUUGGAUAUUAAUUUGAGUCGAAAAAUACCUAAGAAAGGUCGAAGAGCUGGUUUAUCAUACACACCUCAAACUGAUAAUGAAACUGCAAUAAGUACAAUAGAUGGAUCAGUCGAUAGUCCAAGAUCAAAUGAAGGUUUCCUUCCACCUUCUAAAACAAAAAAUGAUGGUGGAUGGGCUGAAGGAACCAUUGGUCAACCCAGAGUCGUGUCUAGUAAGAAUAUAGCAGAACAAGAACGUACACGAGAUAUACGUAACGAUGAAUCUGACAGUGAAAUUCCUGUGAUACCUGAUCUUGAUGACUUAGAUGACGACAUAUUAUCUUUGUCUAUUAAUGAUAUAGACAAUAUUCGCAGCAAGACAACUGCAUACAGAGAAUUGAAUACCGAUGUUAUUCAGCAAGGUGUUUACGAUAUGGUUUCUUGUCUUGAUGGUGUAGAUCUAUCAGUUCUAAUUAGAUUUUUGCAAGAGGAGAAUGAUAUUAUAGAGUCAGAUGAACCCUGGACAUGGGAUAGUCUUUUUACUGAAGUCACAAGUAGCUUACAUCAAACAUAUGAAUCUGGAGAAGAAUUUUUACCCUAAUUUUCAUUGACCAGGAUAGAGGCAUUCAAAUAACUAUUUGAAUGAUACGAAGAAAAAAAUUACAG